AUGGGAUCGACGUCGACUCUAGAAGGGACUCCGGCUACUGCGGAUGAAAAUGAGCUAGUCGUGAAAUUACUGCUUGAAGUAGGAGCAAACAUGGACUUGACUAAUGUUAAUAGUGAUACACCUUUAUCAAAAGCUGCUGGUAAUGGAUCUCCAAAUUUGGUUCAGCUUUUCCUCAAACGUGACGCUAACGCCAAUUCCUAA